CUCACAGCCGCAUUGUUGUGGGGGUAGAGAAGCUCGGGCAGCCGCUGAGCUCUGCCACUUCGCACUGCUUUCCCUCAGUCCCAACGGUCAGUGUUUAUCCUGAUAUCCGAGUAUAACACUCAAAACCGGCUCCGUCGCCCUGGAUACCCGUCGGUUACUUUCAGGUUUCACUCGGUUCAGCGCGAGCUGCGGCCGCUGUUGGGCGAGCGGACUGAAUGUGGAUUUAACUGCCGCUCCGCUCCGUAGGCCGCACCGCCAUUGCUGCUGUUUUUAUAAGCUGAAAUCGUGAAAAUACCGAGGGCCUUCACAGCUUCAACAUGAAGAAGAAAAGCCGAAAUCACCGCACAACAGUGCUAAAGAGGGAGUCUUCUCCCAUCAAGCCAUCACCCAACCGUGAGACACUGACGUACGCACAGGCUCAGCGAAUGGUGGAGCUGGAGGUGGAUGGCCGAGUGCACCGGCUCAGCAUCUAUGACAAGCUGGACAUCAUUUCUGAUGAUGACCCCACGGCUCAGGAGAUUAUGGAGUGUAACAGCAACAAGGAAAACAACGAAAAGCCCCAGCAGGUCUUGGUACGCUCUGUUCGCCUCAAAAAUAACCAGAAGAAGAACGCGGCUCUCACUGCCUCGCAAAGCAGCAGUGCCUCACACAGCAGCUCUAGUAGCUUGUUGGAGCCAAAGGUUAGGACGGUUGAAUAUAAUCUGCCAGUGGUACCGAGGAGGCCAGCAGCUUAUUACAAAUACACCGAGAGGACAGCUGAGGAGCUGGAUGAGGAGGUGGAAUAUGACAUGGACGAGGAAGACUAUGCAUGGCUGGAGCUCAUUAAUGAAAAAAGAAAGAGUGAGGGCAUCAGCCAGGUUUCUCACAACUUGUUUGAGUUCCUAAUGGACCGCUUUGAGAAGGAAUCCUACUUAGCUACGCAGGGUCAGAGUGACCUGCAGUCGCUGGUAGACGAAGAUGCUGUCUGCUGCAUCUGCAUGGAUGGAGAUGGAGCAGAUAGUAACGUCAUCUUGUUCUGUGACUCCUGUAAUAUCGCAGUGCAUCAGGAGUGCUAUGGUGUGCCAUACAUUCCUGAGGGCCAGUGGUUGUGCCGUCACUGCCUGCAGUGUCCAUCGCGGCCAGCUGAGUGUGUUUUCUGCCCUAACCGAGGUGGGGCCCUGAAGAAGACGGACGACGACCGCUGGGGCCAUGUAGCAUGCGCUCUGUGGGUGCCUGAAGUUGGCUUUUCCGACACAGUUUUCAUUGAGCCAAUCGACGGUGUCCGCAACAUCCCCCCUGCUCGCUGGAAGCUGACCUGCUACUUGUGUAAGGAGAAAGGUGCUGGAGCGUGUAUCCAGUGUGACAAGAUCAACUGUUAUACUGCCUUCCAUGUCAGCUGCGCUCAGAAGGCCGGCCUCUACAUGAAGAUGGAGCCUGUCAAAGAGGUGACUUCAUCCGGCGCUGCUACCUUCUCUGUGAAAAAGACAGCUUACUGCUGCAGCCACACCCCUGAAGGCUGUGAUCGACGGCCACUCAACAUCUACGAGGAGCCGCACCCGAAAAAUGGAGUCUGUCACAAGAGGUCGGACAAGAGGGGGAAGGCCCGGGCCAAGGGGUGGCAGAAGAAAAAGAGUAAGAGAGGAGAGUCUGAAACAGAACGAGAACCCGAGAUCCCUACCACCUCUGGUCCUAGUAUCACCUCUUCAAGUUUUGAUACCAUCCUGAACCAGGUGUCAGUUCAGAGAAAGCGCCCCUUCAUUGAGCGAGUGCUGAGUUACUGGGUGCUUAAAAGACAGUCGAGGAACAAUGUACCGCUGAUCCGCCGGCUACAGGCCAACCCCCAGCCACCUAAAACCAAGCACACGGACCGCAUCGAGACGAACCAGGCACUGAAAGAGCAGCUAAAAGAGUGGCACCGUCUCCGCCACGACCUUGAACGAGCCCGUCUGCUGCUGGAACUCAUCAGGAAGAGAGAGAAAAUGAAGAGAGAGGAGAUGAAACUACAGCAGUCGGUGCUGGAGGUCCAGCUGACCCCCUUCAACAUUCUCCUGAGAGCUGUGCUCAGUCAGCUACAAGAGAAGGACCAGUACAGUAUCUUCGCUCAGCCUGUCAACGUCAAAGAGGUCCCUGAUUACUUGGACCAUAUCAAGGACCCCAUGGACUUCUCCACCAUGAGGAAACGCAUCGAUGCUCACCACUACAGGAGCCUAGAGGAGUUCGAAGCUGACUUCAACCUCAUAAUUGCUAACUGUUUGAAAUACAAUGCCAAGGACACAUUUUUCUACAGGGCGGGUCAACGGAUGCAGGACCAUGGAGGAGCCAUCCUCCGCAGGGCCUGCAGAGAAGUCGAUAGAAUUGGCUUUGACUUCCCAAGCGGGUUACUUUUACCUGAACCCCCAAAGCAGGAGGCAACUCCCCCCUUCUCCUGGGAGGAUGUGGAUCGCUUGCUGAGCCCUGCCUACCGCCAGCGUACCCCUCUGGAAGAUCAGCUGAAGGAGCUCCUGGAGAAGCUGGACCUAAGUAUGGCCAUGAAGCACAGCCCGUCCCGCAGCAAGAGGCUCAAACUCCUCAAGAAGAUCAUCAUGGAAGUCCGCAGUGAGAUAAGCCUGAAGAAGUCCCUACCACCUCCACACUCCGCCCCAGAUUCUGACAGGACACCAACAGAGUCAGAAGAGAAACCACUACCUGAAGCCCCAGCGAGCCCUGGCAUGCCCAAGGAGGACAAGUCUUUACCCCCACCAACAUUAGAGCUGUUAACCUCACCGUCUCAGCUCGACACCUCACCCAGCAACACAGAGCCACCCUCUCUGAAGGUUAUGGCACCCUUAUUGGACCAGACUCCCAUGGAGCUUGAUGACGACACCAACAGAUCUACCUCAGUGCCCCUGGAGACCCCCAACGGGCACAUCCCAGACCCACAGCUCCCCAACGGUGACCUCCACACGGAAGCAUCUGGCACCUGCAACCGACGGACCAACAUACUCUUCCGCAAGUCCAAGAGUGCCAGCCCACAGAAGCCACCCAAGAGUCACGAGGCGUCCGCUGUAUUGCCUCCGCCCCUGGGCGCCAAAACCUUCCUGUCAGUGGUGAUUCCACGACUAGAGACGCUCCUCCUACCGAAGAAAAGAACCCGCAGCACCAGCGCUGACGGUGAAGACGACGAGGAGUCACCAAUCAAACGUCUUGACACAGGAAUAGCAAAUGGUUUUGUGGUAGAGGAGGAGGCAGUCUCAGCAUCUCCCCGCCAGCUAGAGCCUCGCCGCCGCUGUGCCUCUGAGUCGAGCAUCUCCUCCAGUGGAAGCAUCCUUUGUGACACAACCCCCGUCAUUGUGUCUAAAAGCAGUAAAGGCCGUCCAGUGGCGGCCCGGCGAAGCACCGUGGACGACAAAAGCACUCUGAUGACCUGCAUUGAGAACGGAGAGUUCCCCAAAGGUGCCAAGGUCUCUUCAGAAGUGUGGAAGCCCACUGCUGCUUCUCCAUUUGUUCUGGAGCCUCUUAAACUAGUAUGGGCUAAAUGUAGUGGAUAUCCCUCCUUCCCUGCCCUGAUCAUGGACCCCAGAGUUCAGAGGAGGGAGUGUUGGCACAACGGAGUGGGGCUUCCCCCGCCGCCGCUGGACGUCCUCAGAGCCGGAGAGCGGAUGCAGUUCAGGUCCGCAGAGAAACUCUUCCUCGUCCACUUCUUCGACAACAGGCGCAGCUGGCAAUGGCUUCCUAGAUCCAAGAUGACUCCCUUUGGAAUCAACAAGACGCUCGACAGAAUUAAGCUGAUGGAGGGCCACUCCUCCUCCCUCCGCAAAACUGUGCAGCUCGCCUUUGACCGAGCCAUGAACCACCUAAGCCGAGUUAGCAGAGAGCUCAUGCCGAGCACCAGCGUCACGGACUGAAGCCCCUACAUCCCAUCUUCCCUCCACCUCAUAAAUCUUCCCAUCAUUCAUCUCUCCUCUUUAUCCUUUCAGCUUUUGGUUUUCAGUCACUGCAGAAACUGUCUGUUUCUGCCUCGUACGCACAACACACGUAGACACACUUGUCAUGUUUACCGUUUCCUGUGAACUGGAACCAGAUCGUGUCCACGUCUCCUAACACAUCAGUCCCACCCGUGUGAAAUACUGUAGCUUGUGAUGGUCACCUUGUUUUGUCAAAGAGCUAUGCAACGAAAACGACUCGGUCAGCGGGUGAAAUGAGUUGAACGAAAAAAAAAAUCCUAGGCUGUGAGGACUGAAAAAUCGCAGGUCUAAAGCUGUUGAAUGUGUCAGAGUUUGACCUCUGACCUCCUUAUAUGUGCUGCAAGACUGCUGCAACAAUCCCACUGCCAUGAAAUUGUCCAUCAGUGUGUGUGUGUGACAGCAGCAGCUCCUGUAAAUAUCCUGUACAAGGCCUGACACUAAUUUAUUCACUCCCUCAGUCUGUUUUGGUAAACGACGUUCUGAUAUUUAUACACAGAUAAUGAUCCACGUCGUUCUGCUGGUGCUAUCUCUACAGAGAAAAAAAAACAAACAUGCAUACUGUAUUGAACUUUUUUUUCAGCUUUUUUUGUACGGUUUUUGUAAGUUAUUGAGUUCUCAAACUUCAAGUUCUCUCGUCUUUGGCAUUACGUUUUUUUUGUGUGUGUGUGCAUUUUUUACCUGAAUGAUUUUACUGGACUACUUUUUUGUUGUUGUACAUAUUUAUAUAAAAUCUAUAUAGAAUCGCUCAAAGUUUAAAAUGCCUGAAGUGCAUCAUUCACACCAAAACCAAAAAAUCUGCUGCCCACAGGUUUCCCACUAAUGUGUUUUGGGUUUUUCUUUUUCUCCAAGAUUUUUGGCCUUUUUCUGUUUGUGUGCUGUGAUGAGUUUGAGUCUUCUGUAAAAUGUCACAGAAUCCUCUUCUCCACCUGAACUUGACUACAGCCAGCUGUAGGAGAGAAGAGAAUGUGCCUGUACUAAUUUAUUGUAAAGCAGAAAAUGUAUAUGCAUUACUUUAUAGAGAGAGUAUUGUAAGAAAAAGAAAAAACUACGGGCACACUAGGAGCCACGUGUAGAGGCCCCUCCUCUUCUGUUUUGUGAGUCGUCUUUUUUUAUUUUUUGGAUUGAUAGCAUUAAAUCUGAGAGGUGAUAGCGUCUGUUGUUUAAUUUUGACAGGGUAGCAAUGGGUAGACUUCCUGUUUUCUUGGCCCUCUGGAUGUGGAUGUUGUGUGUAAAUAGAUUUGGUACUUUAGCUGAUUCUCUGGGAAAAACCACAGUUAUAGCCAACGGGAGCGGAAACCAGCCGAUAGACGUGCUGGUGGGAUUUUUAUACUAAAACACUGAAAAAUUAAAAUAUGUUAUUGAAUCACUGA